CCAAAGAGCUGGGAUUACAGGCUUGAGCCACCGCGCCCGGCCAUCUCGGCUUUAUUUCAACCCUGGGAGCUAGUAAACAUCCCUGACGUUGAAGUUGUUGUUUUUUGUUUUUUUUUUCAGGCUCCCGUGUUUGCUGAAGAGCCAACAUCCUCCUUUUGUGACUUGGGGCUACAGGAUUCCUCCUCAUCCCUCCACACCUGAGAAGAGGGGCCUCUCUCUGAAAGAUUUCUGCUGAGGACCCCCAUUCCUGCUGGGUUCCAGGCUGUGUCUGGAAACCGUGGCGCCAGGCCAGCCAGCUCCCCAGUGGAUGUGGGUUUGGGAGCGGCUCUUAACAGAUCAGGAUAAAACUCAGGGAAGCGCCUUCAGCUGCACCGCAACAUUCCAGGACGCUCAGAAGCAAUUCUUAGAGGCGAGGUUCAUUCACCUCUCAGGCCUGUGGAAACAACGGGAGGGGCUGUGCCUUUCGAUCUGGCUGUCGCUGAGGGGCCAGAUCGGAGAACCUGCUCGGACUGAACCACUUCGCCUUUCAGUGGACAGAGGGACUUGGCCACCGAAGCUCCGAGACGCCCAGAGGCGCAGCGCUGGAGGCGCUGACAGGCGAGCGCUCUCCGGUCGCGUGCUUUCCUGCGGCCCGGGGGCGGGGCCUCAGACCACGCCCCCCGCCAUAUGAUUGGUCCCUUCGAAACAGGCGGCGGCGAGCGGCUACUGACCCGGAGGCCCAGGCGGCGGCGGCGGCGGCAGCGGUUGGUUAGGGGCGUAUCCGCCCCGCACGGAUUGAGCCGAGUUGUUGCCCUGGUGGGAGAAGUGACCCUCCUGCGCCUGAUCAGAACACUGAGGCUCAGAGAAGUUAACUACUCCAAAGUCAUAUAGCCAGUAUUUUCUGGAGCUGGAAUUCAAAUCAGAUGUGUUCAAUACCUUCUACUACCCCAUUGCUGUCUUUAUGAUUUGUAACAGAUUGGAGCCAUGACACUUUGAAUUCUCCCCAUCAUACCGUAUACCGUGAGAAAGGAUUGAAAAUAUAAAAGAAAUUUCAUUUCAACAUAGGUGACUAUGCAGCCUGCAAUUCAAGUAUGGUUUGGAGAAGAUCUGCCUCUAAGUCCUCGGAGUCCUCUGACCCCCAGACAUGGACCAGGAUUGGCUAAUGUUUGUCAGUAUGAUGAGUGGAUAGCUGUGAGGCAUGAAGCCACUCUGUUGCCCAUGCAAGAAGAUCUAUCAAUCUGGUUAUCUGGUUUAUUAGGUAUUAAAGUUAAGGCAGAAAAAUUAUUGGAAGAACUUGAUAAUGGAGUACUACUAUGUCAACUGAUUGAUGUUCUUCAAAACAUGGUGAAAACAUGCAACUCUGAAGAAUCAGGGAAUUUUCCAGCGAGAAAAGUGCCCUGUAAGAAAGAUGCUGCAUCAGGUUCAUUCUUUGCUCGGGACAAUACCGCAAACUUCCUUCAUUGGUGUAGGGAUAUUGGGGUUGAUGAAACUUACCUCUUUGAAUCUGAAGGUUUAGUUUUGCACAAAGAUCCAAGACAGGUGUAUCUUUGUCUUCUUGAAAUUGGUCGAAUUGUGUCAAGAUAUGGGGUUGAGCCACCAGUGUUAGUAAAAUUUGAGAAAGAAAUUGAGUUAGAAGAGACCUUGCUUAAUACUUCUGGGCCUGAAGAUUCCAUCAUCAUUCCAAAAUCGUGCUGUCAGCAUGAAGAGCUACAUGAAGCUGUUAAACAUAUUGCUGAGGAUCCUCCUUGUAGUUGUUCUCAUCGAUUUUCUAUUGAGUAUUUGUCUGAAGGACGGUACCGACUAGGGGAUAAAAUACUCUUUAUAAGAAUGCUUCAUGGAAAACAUGUCAUGGUUCGCGUUGGUGGAGGCUGGGAUACUCUUCAAGGAUUUUUGCUUAAAUAUGACCCCUGUCGAAUAUUACAGUUUGCCACACUGGAACAAAAAAUUUUAGCAUUUCAAAAAGGAGUUUCUAAUGAAAGUGUACCUGAUUCGCCCGCCAGAACACCUCAGCCUCCUGAAAUGAAUCCUUUGUCAGCAGUUAACAUGUUUCAGAAACAAAAUUCAAAACCCAGCAUGCCAGUUCGUAUUCCAAAAAGCAAGGAAAAACAGGGACGUCCACCAGGUGCAUUGGUACCACCAUCUUCACUGAAAGGAGGUAAUCUGGGCCCUAUGUCAGUCCGUUCUAAAUUGCCAAAUUCUCCCGCAGCAUCAUCUCAUCCCAAGCUCAAGUCUUCAAGAGGCAUAACAAAGAAACCGCAGCCUCCUUCAAACAAUGCAUCAUCUUCACUUGCUUCAUUAAAUCCAGUAGGUAAAAAUACUUCUUCACCAGCUUUAUCAAGAACUGCACCUUGUAUAUCUGAGUCACCAAGAAAAUGUAUUGCAUCCCCCAGUACCCCUAAGGCCAAGGUUAUUCCAGCCCAGAAUUCAACAGAUCUGCCUGAGUCCACACUUUUGCCAAAUAAGUGUUCUGGAAAAACUCAACCUAAGUAUUUGAAACAUAAUCAUAUUUCUUCCAGAGAUAGUGCAGUAUUUCACUUAGCUGCACAUUCAAAUUCAUCCUCAAAGUGUCCUAAGCUACCUAAAGCAAAUACACCUGUAAGACCUAAACCUUCUUUCCAGUCCUCUGCAAAAAUGACAAAAUCCAGUUCCAAAAACAUAGCCACGGGUCUAGGAACACAGUCUCAACCAUCCGAUGGUGCCCCACAAGCAAGGCCAGUCCCAGCACAGAAACUUAAAUCGGCCUUGAAUUUAAAUCAGCCAGUUUCCGUGUCCUCAGUUUCUCCUGGAAAAGCUACACAGAAAUCAAAAGAUAAGAAUAUAGUUUCAGUUACCAAAAAGCAGCCUCAGAAUAAAAGUACUUUUCAGAAGACAGAACCCAGCUCCUCGAAGUCUCCUGGCCGAACCCCACUGUCCAUCGUGAGCCUUCCCCAGUCUUCUACCAAAACACAAACUGCGCCGAAGGCAGCACAGACUGUCGCUAAGGGCCAGCAUUCAACUAAAGGGCCUCCCAAAAGUGGCAAAACCCCAGCUUCAACCAGGAAACCACCCUUAUCUGUUAAGGAUGCAGAUAGUGGAGAUAAAAAACCUACUGCAAAGAAAAAGGAAGAUGAUGACCAUUAUUUCGUCAUGACCGGAAGUAAGAAACCUAGAAAAUAAAUACAUAGUCAUUAUAAAAAAAGAGAAAAAGAAGAGUGAAUGUGUCAGCUUCACAUCUUAAAAGUUUCUCCUGUUUGUGUCUGUGUAAAUAGGUGCAGACACUAAGGAUAGUGAGGAUGGAGGUUGGGAUGAGGAAAGGGUUCAUCAGAAUUCACAUGUCUGAAUUCAGAAGGAGCCCUUCUGAAGCAAACAGUUGUAAAAUCACUGCAAGGUUUUUAUUAAUAAGAGACAUGUAUAUGAUUUUCAGUCUAUAGCAUCUUUGUUAACAUCUGCCUGUUGCAGGAAAUGUAAAAGUUACUUAACACUACAAGAAUUUUAACAAUAGUUGCUCUAUUUUUGAAUAUGUAUUAAAUAUGGAGUUCAUAUACCUGCUAAUAUCAACGAUGGUGCUCUUACUAUUAGGUCAUUGCAUUUUGGUUUAAAAACAAACAAAACAAAAAAAAACAACGGUUUGGCACUUGUCCCACAAAAGGCAUCUAAUUUAAUGUUCUGAUCAGAAUUGCCUGAUCCAACAAUACUAAGUCAUGACUGCUGCUGACUAGCUUGGCAUUACUCUGUGUUAGGCAGAAUUCUUAUUAUUUAUUUUUUUUAAGCUUUCCAAAUCGGAAGGAACUGAUUGUUUCACGUGGCUUAUAUUUACAUUGGUAAUAUUUUGUCAGCAAUAUUUUUGGUAAAAAAAAAAAAAAACA